GGUAGACAGCUGAUAACUCAUCUAUUAUGCUACUUGGCUAAAUAAAAACCUGCCAGAAAGCUGCCCGGAGCCCGCCGCUGGACGCACCGGAGGACCCGAACACAAAGUAAACACAGCUUUCUGACCGGCAGCGGGGGGAGUAACGGGUCGUGCGAUGGGAGUUUGUCUCCUUGGGGGAAACUUUGAGCUGAAGCACCAACACCAACCGCACCUGAACUGAACGCACACUGACACACACCUGUGUGCCCUCACACACACCCACCCACACACACCCACCCUCAGACCACAGAGGGAGUUGUUUUUUCACCUUCAGGCCAGACACUGCCGUCCCACGGUGCAUUGCUGCGACACCGUCGUCCACCAUGUCGGACGCCCCUGAGGCUGCACCCCCCAGCCCCCCUCCCCUCACCAACCCGCCCCCCCCUGAGGUCACCAAUCCCACCAAACCUGGCAGGAAAACCAACCAGCUGCAGUACAUGCAGAACGUGGUGGUGAAGACUCUGUGGAAACAUCAGUUCGCAUGGCCGUUCUACCAACCUGUCGAUGCCAUCAAGCUCUGCCUGUCGGACUACCACAAGGUGAUCAAGAGCCCAAUGGACAUGGGAACCAUCAAGAAACGCCUGGAGAACAAUUACUACUGGAGUGCCAGUGAAGCCAUGCAGGACUUCAACACCAUGUUCACCAACUGUUACAUCUAUAACAAGCCCACAGACGACAUCGUGCUGAUGGCUCAGGCUUUGGAGAAAAUCUUCCUGCAGAAAGUUGCUCAGAUGCCUCAGGAAGAAGUUGCUCUGCUGCCUCCAGCUCCCAAAGGAAAGAACAAGAGCAAGCAGCCCGCUACUGCUACCACAGUGAGUCAGCAGGCGGAGUCUUCGGCCUCCCCUCCCCCCUCUUACCCCUCCCCUUCGCCCUCGCAGACACCUGUCAUCUCCACCACGCCCACACCUGUCCAGGCCACGCCACCUGUUUCUGCCCCGCAGCCCCCAGCAACCAUGAUGCCGUCUGCACAGCCUGUCGUCAAGAAGAAAGGUGUGAAGAGGAAAGCCGACACCACCACUCCCACUACGUCGGCCAUCUCUGCCGGUCGCGCUGACUCUCCAUCUGCUCAGGACACCAAACCGGCCAAACUGGGCUCAUCCCGCCGCGAGGCUGCCGCCCGCCCUGCUAAGACCCGCCGUGAGACGGGCGAGGAGGUGGCAGGGGGUGAGGUGGGAGGCGGAGGAGGAGGAGCCGGGGGGAGGAAGGGCAGUAAGCUGGGCGAGCAGAUGAAACACUGCGAUGCCAUCCUGAAGGAAAUGCUGUCGAAGAAACACGCCGCCUACGCCUGGCCCUUCUACAAGCCGGUGGACGCCAAGGCGCUGGAGCUGCACGACUACCAUGACAUCAUCAAACACCCCAUGGACCUCAGCACCGUCCGGAAAAAGAUGGAUAAAGGAGAGUACAGUGAUCCUCAGAGUUUCGCCACAGACGUCAGGUUAAUGUUCUCCAACUGCUACAAGUACAACCCCCCGGACCACGAGGUGGUGGCCAUGGCUCGCAAGCUGCAGGAUGUGUUUGAGAUGCGUUUCGCCAAGAUCCCCGACGAGGGCCUGGAGGCGUCAGUCCCAUCUACGACGCCGUUAGUCAGUAAAAGCACCGCCUCCUCUGACAGCAGCAACAACUCCUCCUCCGAUGAAUCGUCCGACUCUGAGGAGGAGCGAGCCACGCGAUUGGCUGAGCUACAGGAGCAGGUUGGUGCUGCCGACCAAUCACAGUUGAAGGCGGUGCACGAGCAACUGGCCGUCCUGUCCCAGGCUCCGGUCAGCAAGCCAAAGAAGAAGAAAGAGAAGAAAGACAAAGAGAAGAAGAAAGAGAAAGAUAAAGACAAAGGGAACAAGGGCAAGAUGGAGGAAGAGAAGAAGCCAAAGGCUGCUGCCCAACAGCCCAAACCGGCCAAUCAGAAGAAGGCGCCGGCCAGGAAAGCCAACAGCACAGUGACCGCCACCAGGCAACCUAAGAAAGGCAGCAAGACAUCGGGCGGCGGCUCGGCCAAUGGAGACGACGGCGAGGAGUCAUCCCUGCCGAUGUCGUACGACGAGAAGCGCCAGCUGAGUCUGGAUAUAAAUCGGCUGCCGGGGGAGAAGCUGGGCCGCGUCGUCCACAUCAUCCAGUCCAGAGAGCCGUCGCUGAGGGACUCCAACCCCGACGAGAUAGAGAUCGACUUUGAAACCCUCAAACCCUCCACACUCCGAGAGCUGGAGCGCUACGUCAAAUCCUGCCUGCAGAAGAAGCAGAGGAAGCUACUGCAGAAGGCAGCCGGAGGCGGGGCCUCAGGAGGCGGGGCUAGUCGUUUGAGUGGCAGCUCUUCUUCCUCCUCUGAUGACAGCUCCUCAACAGGAACCUCCUCUUCCUCUGACACAGACUGAACACACACACACACACACACAUAUAUACAUGUUACUGAACACACACACAGAGAUUUAUCCACUCUACACACACACACACACACACACACACACUCAGUCACAGGAACUCAGUAUAUACAGUAACACACACAAAUACAGAUUAACACACAUCCAUGUAAACUUCCAUCCUGAACAGACACACAAAAGACAGAUACGCACUCUGAACUUCUUACAACACACACGUAUAUAAACCACACACACAUACACACACGCGCGCGCGCGCGCGUCCAGACUUGGAGACUGUAUGUAAAUAGGCUGACCUGUUUUUUAGCUCCUAGUGUCAUUUUUUUUCCUUCCUGGAGGAAUGCAGAGAGACAGAAGACAAGAAGAAGACAGCAACAACGUCUCAGUGAGAGGAGGGGACAGGCAGACUGCCUGCCUUCCUGCCUGUCUGUCUGUCUGUCUGCCCAGGAGUCACACUGAUCUUCUCUGAACACUCGAGCCUCGUUGCCGUGGAAAGAAUAAAAUCAUCAAGGCUUUCUUCUUCGUCUUCUUGGACGGCCGGCUGUGACCCCUGACCUCUGAAAACAUUCCAGAAGCAUCUAUAGAGCAUCAUGAAGGAGAGGAGGAGGUGAUCUCAGUGGGUUUUACUCUGAUCAGCGUCUCAGAUAUGGAUCUUUUGGAAGUGCAGCUGUCAGCAGGCAGCAACUCAAAAUGUUUCUCGAAUUUUUGUUUUCACGCCUCUGAGACAAAGUCCAGAGCAUCACGGGACACUUGUCCAAAACCUGGUCUUUCCAUAGAGUGUAGUUCUCAUCAGAUCUGCAGGAAAACUGUAAUCAGUGUUUAAGAUCAGCUGCUGAUCAACUAUGUUAAAACCAUUUGUCACGUUUUCUGAAAGAGCUGGAACAGUUUGGUGUCCAGGUGUCCAGGUAAGAGCCAGAACCCCAGGAAUCAGCGUUGAGAGACCUGAAACUUGCUGCAGAGAGAAGUUCUGUGAAAGUCCGAAUCUCGUCAGUCAUGCUUGGUUACAUCUGAGAGCGUGACUUCCUGAAGGUCCACUGCCGUGUCCUCGCUUUUUUACCUGCUCAGUAAUCGGCCUGUGUGAGGCAGGGUCAUCGUCUCAUCAGGACUCUGGUCUCAGUCUAUAAGUCUGACUCUCGCCGUGUCCACGUCCCUGUCAAUACUCAUGAAAACAGAGGUCAGACAAACAGAAGUCCUGGAGCAUUCUUUAGUGUAGAGGGGGGAGUUCCCAGUCCCAGUGGGACGCUGAUGGACGGUGAUGGACUGUCUCUCUGCAGCUAGUUUUAAUACAAAGUGAUUUCCAGUCUAAAAGCUGAUGGAGACUUUGAUCAGCUGAGACACAGAUCUGUUCUUCUGAUGGAAACCAGUCUGGUCCUGGAGUCAGAAGGUGGUCCACUGAAUCAGGAUCCAGGUUUCUGGUUUUAAUAACCCUCUGAGACCAAACCUGUCCUCCGCUGGUCCUGCAACCCAAAUCCACCACCUCCUGUCUGCCCUGGGGUCCACACCAAUCCAGCGCCGGCUCUGUCAGCAGAGAGUGAGACAGACUUUUCUUUUUUUUUUAACACUACAUUUGCUUUAUUUUCUGUUUGAUUUUUCAGGUUGUGUGCUGAACUUGUUUGUGUCUUAUAAGGUUCUCUAUAUAAAAAUGUCUUUGUACCGCUGUCCUGUUCCGGCCCCUCGGUCCCUCACCCCCUCGGCCCCUCACCUUUCAGCCCUGUCAAAGCAAAACCACUCAUACUGUAAGAGCCCCCACCUCACAGAUAGUCCAGACUCAGAACUGUCCCAGGUGUAAGGCGGAGUCCUGGUCAGACGUCAGGUGCAGGUCGGAGGUUAAACCGUCUCUCGUUUCAGCUGCUUUUGUAGGAAGCGCACGGUGAGAGUUCAGAUUCGAGAGCACAAGAAAACUUCAACCAACAUCCACGAAAGAAUCCCAGCGUAGAGAAAAGUUUCCUUAGAAAAGAGAAGAAGAAAGUACGUCACUGUUAGUAACGCGUGGAGGUGCUUCACCGUCACCGACGUCUGUAAAACAUUUUACAGCUGAUUUUAUGUUUGUUACUUUUAAUGAUUUUUAGUCUUUAAAAUGUCCAAAAUAAAGACGAAGCCUCGUCGUCAGGAAGUGGAUUAAAUGUGUUUCCUUCUCUGGUCAGUGCAUCAAAGAGUUUUUCAUUUUUCAUAUGAAGAAAGAAGAAGAAAGAUUUUCUCACUCAGCUUGAAAACUGAAGGAAACGAGUCAGUUCUUCAUGGUUUCUGCAGCAGGUGGAUUUAAGCUCCCUGUGGACGUUUACGUUCACGUGCUCUGAGGACAUCAGACAUGUCCCGCAGUUUCCAACAUGUCUCACAGGGACAGACUGCUCGGUCUCAGUGAAUCCCCGAGCACCAUGGAACACGCUGUGACAUCAUGUGUGACAGCAGCUGUGUGUUUGCUGGUGCGUUACCUCCACCUGUAGAUCAGAGGAGCUGUGAGCAGGACCGAACCACGUCACCACACGUGCACGAGACAGGACAGAGGACAGACUGAGGACAGACUCUUUAAAGUGGGUGAAAGCUCCACAGGAAACAGCUGAAUGAAUCCUGUUUUACCUGCAGCUGCUACAACUGUGCACUCACCUGACGGGUUGGGUCCAGCUGCAGUCAGCUGGUUCCGGGGUGGGAGGAGUGAGGUGUGCAGGACCGCAGGGUCAGUGACAGCUGGACUGUGGGGGUUGCGUUAAGAUCAGCUGGACCGAGCGGAAUCUCUGCGCAGUCGCAGUAAAGGGAAAUGGAGCGUCAGGUGACCCGGGCCGUCAGGUGCCGUUCAGAACACACCUCUGUAGGGACUGGCAGAGUCCGGGUCUGGGUCUUGCAGUCAGUGAUUCACCUGUGCUCCGCUGACCAAUCAGUGGGUUGGCUGUGACGUCAGACGGGGGCGGUGUCUGUGGACGCUGAAGUAAUUGAUCCUGAUCGUGUGAUUAACGGACUGAUUGAUUGAUUUGAUAGGGAUGAACGUGACGGCUCUGAUGCUCGCCAUGUUUUCUCUUAAAGCGCGCGCUCUGCCUCCAGCUCGCGUGGCCUUCCUGAGCACGCGCAGAUGUUUCCGUUUAUUUUGGACAUUUUACAGACGCACCGAUAACCAAUCAGUGUAAAACAAUCGAUACGGAUUCACACACACACACACACACACACACUUCCCCCGGUGUGACAGACGGACAGUUGGACAGCUCGUUGCCACAGUAACCCUCCUCUGUUUUUAGUUGAUGGUCGAGCUUUGAUGCUAAUAGUUAAUUUUUGUAUUUUAAUAAGAAAAAGGAAAAAAGUGAUUUUAUGUAUUUGCAUGCACUCCGGCCGUACGUUCUUUCUUCCGUAUGUUUGAGCACUGUAUAGUAGCUGUAUAGUAGCUGUCUGAGGUUUAGAUCGAACUCCGCUCGAUAGAGUAGAGACGCAGAGAGACAGAGGACGAACCAACGAAAACCAACAAGUGAAUUAUUUGAUGUAAUUACUGAUAUGGGAUCCUUAUUUUCUGAGUUCCUUUGUUUUCAUAAAUAAACACAUAAACUGA